ACAAUAAUAAUAAAAAAAUCCUAAAGACAAAUAGUGGUGUUAAAACUUCCAUUAUUGUGAUUAAAGAUUUUCAUUUUUCUGACAUUUUCAGCCUCUUGGUCGUGUUCUUAUCAGAUGGAUGAGCGCGUUUGAUUGAAGCAUUUGUCAUGUAAAUGUGCGCUCUUUGAUGGACGACCCUGUAGACUUGACGGAGUGCUGUAGGUGCUUUGCCAUUGGCGUUUAGUGGGUCACAUGGUGAGUCAGGAAGGUGAUAUGAGGAUGGAAGGCACUUUAACAGCUUUGACACACUACCUAGAAGGUUUAGGGCAAACGGAGCAACGAUUAAUGACUGCUCGGACUUGAUAGGUUCGAAACGAAUAACAGGAUGAACUCCUACUUAGACUAUACUGUGUGCAACCGAGGAGCAAAUCUUUUUAGUGCCAAGGCCGGAUACCACACUCUGAACCACGGAUACAUGUCGCCUGUACCGCCCAACUCGUGCGCAACAAGUGAUAGUUAUGCACCGGACGGGCGCGUAGCUGCUGCAACUUCUGCGCCACUCCAGAGUGCGGGCCUCCCUCUGCAUCACCAGACACACCUGGAUCUGCAGUUUGCAACGCCGGGGAGCUCGGUGUAUGGCUCUCCAUUGGAUUACGGACAGUACGGCCUCGCGCCCGAGCAAGAACGAGGCUUCAUUCAUGCGCAUGGAGCAAACGUGGCUGCGUACACUGGGGACAGCUGUGGGCCCGGAGGUGCAGCGGGUAGCCAGUAUCUGUUUGGUAACGGGGAGCAGGAGACCGUUUACACAAAGUUACAGCCCCAAAGCAGGGAGAAGGAUUUGGAUCACGUGGAGGAAACAUCUAAAACAUUCGACUGGAUGAAAGUGAAGAGGAAUCCUCCGAAAACAGCUGUCCUGUCGGAGUUCGGAGCUGCGGGUCAGCACAACGUCAUCCGCACCAACUUCACCACCAAGCAGCUGACCGAGCUGGAGAAAGAGUUCCACUUCAACAAAUACCUGACGCGGGCACGCAGGGUGGAGGUGGCCGCCAGUCUAGAGCUCAACGAGAUGCAGGUGAAAAUCUGGUUUCAGAACCGCAGAAUGAAGCAGAAGAAACGCGAGAAACUGGGUUGCGUUUCGGUGAAAACCGCCUCGGCACCUGCGGAGAAAGUCUGUGCGCCCGAGUCCUCUCCAAACGCCAAAGGGAGCCAACCGUGAGGCGGCCCCCGGAGACCUCGGUCUCACCAUUCCAAAAACUGUGAAAAAAUGCGUUUGGACUUGUGAACAGGAAUUCUGGAUACCGAGAAUGUUGAAUUGUUUUCUUUUAACCUUUUAAACUCAUGAUGUAUUUUGUGUUGAAAGGCGCAUUGUUUGCACUAUUUAUUUACAGGGUAUUUUCCAACAACUGUUGAAGUGAUUUGGCAUUAAAUAAAGUUUAUAAAAUGAAAAUAAAGAAUGCAGUUAAAAAUGAGCAUUGUCACAGUAUUUAUAAAAAUAAU